AUGGGCUGCGGCGCCUGUAUUGCGACGUUUGCGGUGUCAGCCGGGGAGCACAACCCGGGCCAAGCUAGCCCAUGUUCCGUUGAUGGAGAGACUCUCCGUUCGCGCUCUGGCUCAUUUCUUUCAAAUGUUGAGACUCUGAGAUCAAGGGCUGGGUCUACAGCUGCCUUGCACUUAGAGAAAAACGGAGCUGACUACGAUGACGUGCCAUUAUCAGAAGCUCUGGAACCAGAUCAGAGAAACAUCAAAGACUUUCAAGUGGAAAAUAAUCCGUUCGCAUUUUCGCCUGGUCAAUUGAAUAAGAUGCUAAAUCCUAAGUCCCUCAAAGCAUUCGUAGCACUUGGAGGCUUACAGGGUUUGGAGCGUGGGCUACGAACGGAUUUGGUAUCGGGGUUGUCGAUCGAUGAAAGCAGGUUAGAAGGAACCGUUUCUUUUGAAGAGGCCACCAAACGAUCUUAUUCGGAGAAAUAUUCGCAGACGAAGCUCGAAAUGAUGAAAAUGCCCACAGAAACUGGCUUUUCGACACAAUCGCAGUUUAUCGAUCGGGUGCGGGUUUUUCAGUCCAAUAAACUACCAGAAAGAAAAGCAGAUGGGUUCUUGAUUCUUCUGUGGAGAGCUUAUAACGACAAAAUCAUUAUCCUGCUCACCAUUGCCGCCGUGGUCUCCCUUUCCCUAGGCCUUUACGAGACGUUUAGUGGGGGAUCGCAGGUUGAUUGGAUCGAAGGUGUUGCCAUUUGCGUUGCUAUCCUGAUUGUCACUAUCGUCACGGCAGCGAAUGACUGGCAGAAGGAAAGACAGUUCGUUCAACUGAACAAGAGGAAAGACGACCGCCAGGUCAAAGUGAUCCGUUCAGGGAAAUCAAUCAUGGUCUCCAUUCACACUAUCACAGUGGGCGAUAUCCUCCACAUGGAGCCAGGUGAUGCGAUCCCGGCGGAUGGUGUUUUCCUUACCGGCCAUGGUGUCAAAUGCGAUGAAUCAUCCGCUACUGGAGAAUCGGACCAAAUGAAGAAAACACCUGGCCACGAGGUGUGGCAACGCAUCAUGGAUGGCACAUCUACGAAAAAACUCGAUCCCUUUAUUAUUUCUGGAAGCAAAGUCAUUGAAGGAGUUGGCACUUAUCUCGUCACCAGCGUUGGGCCAAAUUCUACUUACGGCAAAAUUAUGAUAUCGCUGCAAACCCCGAACGAUCCCACCCCUCUCCAAGUGAAGCUUGGAAAACUUGCGAAUUGGAUAGGAGGUCUUGGAACUGCUGCGGCUGUUAUUUUGUUCACAAUCCUUCUCAUUCGCUUCCUUGUCCAACUCCCUGAUAAUCCUGGGAAUGCGGCACGCAAAGGCGAAGACUUCCUGCAUAUUUUAAUCGUUGCAGUCACUGUUAUUGUCGUUGCGAUUCCAGAGGGUCUUCCCUUGGCUGUCACCUUAGCCCUGGCAUUCGCCACCAAGCGCAUGGUUAAUGAAAAUAACCUUGUCCGCAUCCUUCGUGCCUGCGAAACAAUGGGAAAUGCAACUGUUAUUUGCUCAGACAAGACUGGUACUCUCACUCAAAACAAAAUGACUGUUGUGGCAGGAACUGUCGGUAUCGACACUAGUUUCAACCAGAUUUCAGAUGAUGGUGAAGGAUUUUCAAACAUGGCAGAGAAGCUCAAGAGCCUUCCCCCUAUAAUUAGGGAUCUUCUCCAUAAAAGCAUUGCUCUCAAUUCGACCGCGUUCGAAGGUGAAGAAAAUGAGCAGCGAGUGUUCAUUGGAAGCAAAACAGAGGUUGCAAUGCUCAACCUCGCGAAGAAUUAUCUUGGGUUGCUGAAUGUAGCUGAGGAACGUUCUAAUGCUGGGAUUGCUCAGCUCAUUCCGUUCGACUCUACACGCAAGUGUAUGGGUGUCGUCGUCCGCCAGCCAUCCGGAAAAUACCGUCUUCACGUCAAGGGUGCCGCGGAAAUUUUACUCGGUAAAUCCAGUGAGAUAAUCUCUAUCACCUCGGGUGGCCAAUAUACUUCAGAGGCACUCUCGGAGACCUCGCGAGAUAUGAUUCUCGAAACUAUCGACACUUACUCGAAGCGAUCUCUCCGCAACAUUGGCAUGGUAUACAAAGAUUUCGAAUCAUGGCCACCAGCGGGUGCGAAGACUAUGGAAGACGACCGUACCAUAGCUGAUUUUGAUGACAUCUUUCAUGGCAUGACCUGGAUUGGUGUUGUGGGCAUUCAAGACCCUCUGAGGCCGGAGGUUCCGACUGCUAUUCAGAAGUGCAAUAUGGCCGGAGUUUCCGUGAAAAUGGUCACAGGCGACAAUAUUACGACGGCCAUUGCUAUCGCCACUGAGUGCGGCAUCAAAACGCCAGAAGGCAUCGCGAUGGAAGGACCAAGGUUUCGACAACUCUCGGAUGAGGAAAUGGACAAAAUCCUUCCCAACCUGCAAGUCCUCGCUCGCUCUUCUCCAGAAGACAAGCGAAUCCUAGUUGCGCGCCUAAAACAUCUCGGGGAGACUGUUGCUGUUACUGGUGAUGGAACCAACGACGGACCAGCGCUCAAGACUGCUGAUGUGGGAUUUUCCAUGGGCAUUGCAGGUACAGAGGUUGCCAAAGAAGCCAGUUCGAUCAUUCUGUUGGACGACAACUUUAAGUCUAUUGUUACUGCCAUCUCCUGGGGGCGAGCGGUAAAUGACGCAGUUGCGAAGUUCCUUCAGUUCCAAAUUACCGUCAACAUUACUGCCGUCUGUCUGACAUUCGUGUCUUCCGUCUCAAACAGCAAUAACGAGAGUGUGUUGAAACCGGUACAAUUGCUAUGGGUUAAUCUCAUUAUGGAUACCUUCGCCGCGUUGGCACUUGCUACUGAUGCCCCCACAGAGAAAAUCCUCGAUCGAAAACCAACCCCCAAAUCUGCACCUUUGUUCACAAUAACAAUGUGGAAGAUGAUCAUCGGACAAACCAUCUACCAACUAGUCGUGACCUACACCCUCUACUUCGGCGGCGCCCGCAUCCUCAACUAUGACAUUAGUAACCCGAUUGUUAAGGCGGAGCUCAACACAAUUGUCUUCAACACCUUUGUCUGGAUGCAGAUCUUCAACGAAUUCAACAACCGCCGCCUCGACAAUAAGAUCAAUAUCUUCGAGGGAAUUCUCAAAAACUACUACUUCAUCGGCAUUAAUUUCCUCAUGUUCGCGGGACAAAUCUUGAUCAUCUUCGUUGGCGGAUCCGCACUCUCCGUGCGGCCCAUCGAUGGCAUCCAAUGGCUCAUUUGCAUCCUCUGCUCUAUUAUGUGCAUACCCUUUGCUGUCCUGAUCCGCUGCUUCCCUGACCCGUGGUUCCAGGUUAUUUUCGAUGCUGCCGUGAGCAUCAUAUCCGCCAUCUGGAACCCUAUUAGCAAGGGGCUUAGUCUUACAUUUUCUCCGGUCAGGAAGGGAUUCCGUGCCAUUUGUCGCUUCUCCUCACGGAUGUUGUCCAAGACAUCGGGACGAGGGGCUCCGGCCGCUGAAACGGAGAAGGACGAGGAGGCUGCUGCAGGUUCAGAAGUCAAAGUCCCUCCGACGGCCGCGUCGAAUGUCACUGUUCCUGCAAUUACAUUGUCUGGCACCUAA